AUGUCACCCACUCUGAUGGGCAGCCUUACAAACGGCCUCAGCAAUGGUCAUCAUGAAACAGGAUUAGAUUUGACGGUGCUUGGUCUGAAUUCGGGGACGUCCAUGGAUGGCAUUGACUGCGCGUUAUGCUGUUUCAGACAAGAUUCUCCAGAAUCACCAAUGCAUUUCCAACUCCUGGCAUAUGAUGAAAUACCUCUGGAGCCGGAGAUCAAAAAGCGCGUAAUGAACAUGAUCUUGCACAACAAAACCACGCCCGAAGAAUUAUCGGAGAUCAAUGUCCUGCUGGGAGAGACCUUUGCUGCAGCGGUGAAAGAAUUCUCGCAAAAGCAAGGGGUUCCGCUUGAAAAGAUUGAUGUUUUGGGAUCUCACGGACAAACCAUCUGGUUGCUCAGUAUACCGGAGCCUGGUCAGACUAAGUCUGCCUUGACAAUGGCUGAAGGAUCAUUCCUUGCUUCGAGAACAGGAAUCACAUCAGUCACCGAUUUCCGGGUUUCCGACCAGGCUGCAGGUCGACAAGGGGCGCCGCUAAUUGCGUUCUUCGACGCGCUCAUCCUUCAUCACCCAACCAAACUCAGAGCGUGCCAGAAUAUUGGUGGUAUAGCUAACGUGUGCUUUAUUCCUCCGGACAGGGAUGGCAGAAUAAAUCCAGCAUUUUUUGAUUUUGAUACGGGUCCGGGGAACGUCUUUAUUGACGCGGCAGUACGAUACUUUACCAACGGAGAGCGCGAGUAUGAUAAAAACGGCGAGAUGGGUGCUGCAGGCACGGUAGACCAGGAGAUGGUGAGCGAAUUCCUGAGGACUCACCCAUACUUCGGCCUCGAACCGCCGAAAACCACAGGACGUGAAGUGUUUAGAGACACCAUUGCUCACAGUCUUAUCGAACGUGGCCUUGCCAAGGGUUUGUCACCGAACGACAUUGUCGCGACGGUGACUCGCAUCACGGCCCAAGCCAUCGUCGAACAUUACCACAGAUAUAUGCCGCAGGAGUACGGUCCUCUUGCAGAGAUCUUUAUGUGUGGCGGUGGAGCCAAAAACCCCAAUGUCACCCAGCAUUUGCAAGCAGCUUUUCCAGAGACCAGGAUCAUGAUGCUUGACGAGGCUGGCAUUCCGGCGGACGCGAAAGAGGCAAUCACAUUCGCAUGGCAAGGCAUGGAGGCAGUGGUGGGACGGAGUAUCCCAAUACCGAGCAGAGUCGAGACACAGAGACAGUUCGUGCUUGGAAAGGUCAGCCCAGGCAACAAUUACCGACAGGUCAUGAAGCAUGGAAUGGAUUUCGGCGCAGGGAGGGAUCAUCUCGAACCGGUGACGGAGAUGGUGAAUUACGUCCAAGGCAAAGCAUUUGACAACAAGUGGUGA